AUGUUUUUUACGCUUGUGGGUGUCGUGAAGGAGAUGCUGAAUGAAACGUUUCCGCAUCAAAAGGAAGAAGAACGAAGUUUUAAGGAGCCCGUGAAGUCAUCCGAGCCGGAUCAAGCGGAAUGUGCGGAUGUCGCGUUGGUAGAGGAGCAAAGGCCUCGCCUGGAGCGGAUACUGACCCCACGAUUUGUUUUGGCCAUUUUCACCGCGCUGAACUUCAUUAUAUACUACGAUCGUGGAGCCCUCUCGGGCUCUCUGGCAAGCAUUAAGGGGGACAAACGUAUAGCCGGUGAUUCAAAAACCUUAACCGACACGAAGGUUGGAUUUAUUGUUUCUGGUUUUAUGAUUGGCUACAUGACAACGAGCCCCUUAUUUGCGGCGUUUGGUGGAAUUGUGCCGUCCAAAUGGAUUAUUGUAGGAGGCAUGGUAAUUUGGGCUAUCGCAUGUGUAGGCACGGGCUCGGCUACCACUUAUGCAGCUCUCUUAGUAUGCAGAAUUUUUGUUGGUGUUGGUGAGGCGGCCUUUGUGGGGUUUACAGUUACCACCAUUGAUCGUAUUGCCCCAUCGGGUUCGCGCACACUGUGGAUAGGUACAUUUUAUUCCAUGAUACCUGUGGGAACUGCGGCCGGCAUGGUAGUCGGUGGUUCUGUAGGUUCUCUGGGUACAAUAGGACCUACGCAAGGGUGGCGUAUUGUUUUUUUCACUGAAGUCCUAGCUUCCAUACCCAUUGUGCUAGCGAAUGCUUUUUUACCCUCAAUUUAUAAUUUACGUUCAGACUCAGAUGAAACGGAAUACUACUCCUUGCACAAGGCAACGUGGAUCUUGAUAAAGAACCUAAAUUACUUAUUAAUUGUAUUUGGAUAUGCGAUGUAUUCUUUUGUUCUUGGUGCUUUUGCUGUAUGGGGAAUUCCCAUGCUUAUUCAAGGAACAAUGCGGCUUUCAUACAUAAACGCCUCAUUGAUAUUGGGUGGAGUGACCGCACUUACCGGUGUAUUGGGCUCUGUUGCAGGGGGUUUUGUCCUUGAUAAAAUUGGAGGAACCUCCGGUUCUUUGAACUUAAUUCGGGGUCAAUUGCUUCUUAUUCUCUUGAUUUUAGUGUCUGUCGCAGUAGGUAUUGCGGCACUUUUUUUGGAGAAUAUUGUUGGCUUCACCUUUUUACUGACUUUAUCCGUGUUUGCUCUAUUUAUGGUGACCGCACCAGUGAAUGCGGCAAUUAUGAACGUGGUGUCACCUGAACUGAAAGCGUAUGCAGUAAGUUACUCUGUUUUUCUCAUUCACGCACUAGGCGACUUUCCAUCCCCGACUUUUGCAGGGUUUCUUUCAGAUCACGUUUUCUCGAAAGGUUGUCCGCUGUAUAAUAUCUCUUUGUGCGAUCUUGACACCGGCAACCACUGUCGAUGGGUAAAUAACACAGACGAUGCAUCUUCUGGCCACUGUGUCAAUGAAUAUCAACUGCGUAACGCGCUUCUGGUUGUUUUUUCUAUGAUGUUUUUGUCGGUGCCAUGUUGGCUUGUCGUGUAUUUUCGUUUAUGGCGUGCGUACCGGCGUGCAGAAUCGCUUUCCGACAGUAGCGGUGUGUCGCUAGUGGGAUAA